AGACCACUUUUAUUGCACUUGUUUCUCACACUCAUUUGUCAUUUGUGUGGGUCCAUCUCUCUAUUUUGGGCCUCAAGUAGCUGGAGCAAAAAGGAGCCCAUUUAGAAUGGGCUUUAGAGAUUGAAGAAUGUGUUCGCCGGAAGGAAGGCAGUUUUGUCACGGUGGACGUCUGCCAUAUUUCGCGGCGAUGGUUUCUUCUGUCCCUAAACUCCAUGCUUUGUUUGUCGCCAAGUCUCUACCAGUAGUUAUCCGAGCCGCCAAAAUUACCAAUGAAGAAGGUUCUGCGUCGACCAAAUCAAAACUCGCCAGGUCCUUGGCGCGUGCCGUGAACUCUAACCCGUGGUCGGACGAACUCGAGUCUUCACUCUCAUCUCUUCACCCGUCUGAACCUCUCUCCAGAACCACCGUUCUCCAAACCCUGCGUCUCAUCAAGGUCCCUGCCGAUGGUCUCCGGUUCUUCGACUGGGUUUACAACAAGGGUUUCUCUCACAAAGAGCAGUCUUUCUUCCUCAUGUUAGAGUUCCUAGGUCGAGCUCGCAAUCUCAAUGCGGCUCGCAAUUUCUUGUUCUCCAUCGAGAAAAGGUCUAACGGCUGCGUCAAGCUCCAGGAUCGCUACUUCAACAGCUUGAUUAGGAGCUACGGCAACGCUGGGCUCUUCCAGGAGUCAGUGAACCUGUUCCAGACCAUGAAGAAGAUGGGCAUCUCGCCUUCCGUGCUUACCUUCAACAGUCUUCUCUCGAUUUUGCUUAAGCGUGGCCGAACUGGAAUGGCCCAUGACAUGUUCGACGAAAUGCGCCGUACCUACGGGGUUACCCCAGAUUCCUAUACUUUCAAUACAUUGAUAAGUGGGUUUUGCAAGAACUCCAUGGUCGACCAAGCCUUUACGAUUUUUAAAGAAAUGGAGCUUUAUAGUUGCAAUCCUGACGUUGUUACAUAUAACACGAUCAUCGAUGGGUUAUGCAGAGCUGGCAAGGUCAAGAUUGCACACAAUCUUUUGAAUGGAAUGUUGAAGAAAGCAACGGCUGUGCAUCCCAACAUUGUUAGUUACACUACUCUGCUGCGAGGCUAUUGUAUGAAGCAGGAAAUUGAUGAAGCACUGCUUGUGUUUCAUGAAAUGCUGACCAGAGGGCUAAAACCCAAUGCUGUAACUUACAAUACUCUGAUCAAGGGGCUCUCGGAGGCUCAUAGAUAUGAUGAGAUCAAAGGAUUUUUGAUUGGAGGGGACGCAUUUACCACUUUCUCUCCAGAUGCCUGCACUUUUAAUAUUUUGAUCAAAGCCCACUGCGAUGCUGGACAUCUGGAUGCAGCAAUGAAGGUGUUCCAAGAAAUGCUGAAUAUGAAGUUGCAUCCUGAUUCAGCUUCUUAUAGUGUUUUGAUUCGUACUCUGUGCCUGAGAAAUGAAUUUGAUAAAGCCGAGACAUUAUUCAAUGAGUUGUUUGAGAAGGAAGUAUUGUUAGGUAAGAAUGAAUGCAAGCCUCUUGCUGCAGCUUAUAACCUAAUGUUCGAAUACUUAUGUGCCAAUGGGAAAGCAAAACAAGCGGAGAAAGUUUUUAGGCAGCUGAUGAAAAGAGGAGCGCAAGAUCCAUCCUCUUACAGGACUUUGAUCACGGGUCUCUGCAGAGAAGGUAAAUUCAAGGCUGCUUAUGAGCUGUUGGUUCUAAUGCUGAGGCGGGAAUUUGUUCCUGAUCCUGAAACCUACGAGGUAUUGAUUGAUGGGCUAUUGAAGAUAGGUGAAGCUCUUCUUGCUCAUGAUACCCUACAAAGGAUGCUAAGGAGCUCUUAUCUUCCGGUUGCAACCACUUUCCAUUCUGUACUUGCAGAACUUGUGAAAAGGAAAUUUGCUAACGACUCUUUCGGCUUGCUAACGGUAAUGUUGGAAAAACGAAUAAGACAGAACAUUGAUCUUUCAACGCAGGCUGUCAGAUUGGUUUUUAGUAGUGCACAGAAAGAAAAGGCAUUUCUGAUUGUUAGGUUGCUUUAUGAUAACGGGUAUUUGAUUAAGAUGGAGGAAUUACUUGAUUUCCUCUGCGAGAAUCGAAAACUGCUUGAUGCACACACACUUGUUCUGUUUUGUCUGGAAAAGAGUCAAAUGGUAGAUAUCGACACGUGUAACACGAUCAUAGAAGGACUCUGUAAGCAUAAGAGACACUCUGAAGCGUUUAGUUUGUACAAUGAAUUAGUAGAACUAGGAAAUCACCAACAGCUUAGCUGCCACGUGGUUUUGACAAAUGCCUUAGAGGCUGCUGGAAAGUGGGAAGAACUUCAGUUUGUGUCAAAGAGGAUGGCUACAAUGAGAAAAUCAGAUAAUUGCGCUGUAUCAGAAACCGUGCAUCUGGUUUCUGGUAAAUGGGGUCCUUUCUCUUUGUUUCCGUUUUCAAUUCUGUGUCUAGAAUUAUCCAUUGCCAAUUGUAAAAUUUUUGCCCCUCAGCAAUUAAACAAGUUUGUAUUCAUCGUCUCUGUUACAGGUCUCUAUGGACGUUGCAACUCUCUGUUCAUAACUUUCACCUUCAUGAUGUCGAAUUCUAGAAUGAAUGGUGUUGAGAAGCUAAGCAGCAUAUCCACAAGGCGUGUCGCAAAUCCCGGAAAGGCAACACUGCUUGCUCUUGGCAAAGCCUUCCCAAGCCAAGUCGUUCCUCAGGAGAAUCUAGUGGAAGGAUUUCUACGAGACACCAAAUGUGAGGACGCGUUUAUCAAAGAAAAGCUGGAACACUUGUGCAAAACCACAACCGUGAAGACGCGCUACACGGUAUUGUCACGAGAGAUACUGGAUAAAUACCCUGAGCUAACAACAGAGGGUUCACCAACAAUCAAGCAAAGACUUGAAAUUGCAAACGAGGCGGUUGUGGAAAUGGCAUUGGAAGCCAGUUUAGGCUGCAUCAAGGAAUGGGGAAGGCCAGUGGAAGACAUCACUCACAUUGUCUACGUUUCCUCAAGCGAGAUACGAUUACCCGGUGGUGACCUUUACCUCUCAGCAAAGCUAGGCCUGAGGAAUGACGUGAACAGAGUGAUGCUGUAUUUUCUGGGAUGCUACGGAGGUGUGACUGGCCUCCGUGUGGCCAAAGACAUUGCUGAGAACAACCCGGGAAGCCGUGUUCUGCUCACAACCUCUGAAACCACCAUUCUCGGGUUUCGCCCACCAAACAAAGCUCGUCCGUACGACCUAGUUGGAGCUGCUCUGUUUGGAGAUGGUGCAGCUGCUGUGAUCAUCGGAGCUGAUCCGAGAGAGUGUGAAGCUCCUUUCAUGGAGCUGCACUAUGCGGUUCAGCAGUUCUUGCCGGGGACACAGAACGUGAUCGACGGGAGGUUGACGGAGGAAGGCAUAAACUUCAAGCUUGGACGAGACCUCCCGCAGAAGAUAGAGGAGAACAUAGAAGAGUUCUGCAAGAAGCUGAUGGGAAAGGCUGGUGGUGAUGAGUCGAUGGAGUUCAAUGACAUGUUCUGGGCAGUUCAUCCAGGAGGACCUGCGAUUCUGAACCGUCUGGAGACAAAACUAAAGCUGGAGAAAGAGAAGCUGGAGAGCAGCAGAAGGGCGUUGGUGGAUUACGGGAACGUGAGCAGCAACACGAUACUGUAUGUGAUGGAGUAUAUGAGAGAGGAGCUGAAGAAGAAAGGCGAUGAAGCACAAGAGUGGGGACUUGGCUUAGCUUUCGGACCUGGAAUCACCUUCGAAGGCCUUCUCAUCCGCAGCCUCACCUCUCCCUAAUUGUCAUAAUUUACAUUUGGGUUAUUAUAAGAGAAAUUAUUGUAAGCAUAUGAUGAAAUGAGAGUAUUGUUGUUAAACCA